UUCUCCGGCAACAAUCGAACACAAAAUUUAAGGUUAUGAAUUGUUGACAAAGUCAAACUUGGUUUUCUUUAUUUUUUAAUUUAUUUCUUAUAUUAUAAUAUUAUAUUUUAAAGUUUUCAAUAAAUCAUGAAGUGCUCAAUACCUGAAAUUUCAUGGCAUAAUCGUGAUCCAGUAUUAAGUAUCGAUAUACAAGUGGGAAAUUGGAAAAAUUCAUCAGAAGAAACAUUUUGGAGAAUUGUCACUGGAGGAGCAGAUUCUCACGUUUUGAUUUGGCAUUUAUUAAUAAACGAUACCGGUGGAUCGAUUGUUUCUUGUGUUGCUGAUUUAGAACGACAUCAAAAGGCAAUAAAUGUCGUACGUUUUUCACCUUCAGGUGAAAUUUUAGCGUCUGCCGAUGACGAAUCAAUAAUUAUAUUGUGGAAACAACGAGAAGAAUCUGAAUUAAAUUUAUUUCUUGGCGAGGAAAAUUCAAAUAAAGAACAAUGGACAUCGUGGAAGGUAUUGAAAGGACAUCUUGAAGAUAUUUAUGACAUAUGUUGGUCACCAGACUCGAGUUCCCUUGUCUCGGGAUCUGUCGAUAAUACCGCAAUUUUAUGGGAUUUAAAUAAAGGACGAAGUAAUUGUAUAUUGUCCGAUUAUAAAGGUUUUGUUCAAGGAGUCACGUGGGAUCCUUGCAAUCAAUAUGUUUGCACAUUAAGUUCCGAUAGACAGUGUCGAUUGGUCGAUCUCAAUACAAAGAAAACAGUUCAACGUGUAACAAAAGCAAAAAUACCAACACCAACUGGACAUCCACUCGAUGGAAAAUUGGUUCGAUUAUUUUAUGACGAUACAUUUAAAUCGUUUUUUCGACGAUUAACUUAUACGCCAGAUGGAACUCUUAUUAUUGCUCCGUCAGGAAUUAUUGAACCUCAGGAAACUACUGAUAAAAUAGCAAAUGCGACUAUUGUUUUUUCGAGGCAUAAUUUAAAAGAACCCGUUAUGAUUUUACCAUCAUCGGAAGAACAGACAAUUGCUGUUCGUUGUUGUCCUUUAUAUUUUCAAUUACGUGAAGAUGGACCAAAAUCUGUAAUUCCAUUGCCUUAUAGAAUGAUUUUUGCUGUCGCCACUCAUCGUUCUGUUGUCAUUUAUGAUACACAACAAACUUCACCCAUUGCCAUUGUUUCCAAUAUUCAUUUCACAAGACUGACGGAUGUCGCUUGGUCGUCGGAUGGAAAAAUUUUAAUGGUAUCCUCAACCGAUGGUUAUUGUUCGAUAAUUUUAUUUCAAGACGAUGAAUUGGGCAAAAUUUACGAGAUGAAAACACAACCUCCAAUGGUGGAUGGACAAAAAACAAAAGAAAUUAAAAACGACAACAAUUUAACGCCAAAAAAAUUAGAAACUCGUCAACCAUUCAUUGAUAUUGAUAGUAAUGCAAUGGACAUUGAUAUUGCCGUUGAAAAAUGUGAUAAUAAUUUAAAAACCACAACAAAUGACAGUGAUGAAAAAUUGAAAAAAUUGAAUGUUGACACUAAUUUAAAAACAAUGACAAAUGGUGAUGUUAAAUUAAUAAAUGAGGAUACUAGUCGAAAAAAUCUAUCAAAUGAAAAAAAAAAAAAUAACAUUAAUGAAAUAUUCGAAGAAACAGAGGAUAUAAAAUUAGUUUAUAAUGAGGAAAAUAAUACUGAUAGUUGUGUUAAAGUAAUUGGUAAACAAACACCAACAAAAAUUGAAUUACCACUUGUUAAAACUCCACGUAGAGUUAAAUUAAUUACAAUUUCAAGUCCUAAAAAUAAAAAAGAAUAAUCCCUCUCACAAAAACAAAAAAAAAAAAUGCUUCAUAUUCGCUUUAUAAAUUAUUUGUAAUUUUGUUUUUUUUUUUUUUUUUUUUUUUUUUUUGCUUUUUGAUAUCUUUUUUCAAGCUGCAUUGAAGAGAACAAAAAAAACUUUUAUAAACUAUCAAAAAAUCAUUGAUUUUACAAAAUAAAAAAAUUUUUUAAAUGUAAAAAGUAGAUCGUAUGAAAAUUAUGUAUUUCAUUUUUGUAGGAUAACAUUUUCUAUAUUUUAUAUAAACAUUAUAAUCUUUAGUUUCAUUAUUAGUUUUUCAUACAAAAUAUUAAAAUUACUUUAUAGUGUAUCGUAAAUAUUUAAUCCUUAAGGGGGAAAAAAAAGUGUUUUUAAUUUCAGUAUUUUUUUUUUAAGUAAUUUUUUUUUCCACAAAUAUAAUAUUAUAUAUUGGCGAUUGUACAUAUAUAUGACUCAUACAUAUUUUCACAAUGUAAAUAAUAAUUAUU